AUGAGGCUGAUUAAUGAAUUAGAGAGUUGUUUAAUAGUGUUAUUAAGUUUAAUAGUAAUUUCUGGGGGUUUUGGAAGAGAAGUUAGCAGUAUAAGAGAUGGUGACCAUGCAAACUGUCCCGAAGGGUGGAUUUCAAAUAAUGAGAGGACAAGAUGCUUCAAGUUAGUCAAUUUUGACAGACCCAGGACAUUUUCUCAUGGCUUUAAGGCAUGUAAUGAUUUGGGUGGGACUGAAGUUGUGACAAGAAGAAGAAAUGGAUCCAAAGAAAUGAAUGAAUACCCAGUAACAUUAGCUUCAGUAUAUAAGUUAUCAGAUGAAGAGGCAAUUAGAAGAACGUUAAUGGAGCAAGGGGAUGUUCAAAAGACUGCGAAUGGGUGUUUUGUUGGGCUCAGAAAAUAUGCAUUUUUCAGGUAUCCACCAGGGUGGUACUGGAUAGAUAGUGGGAGUCCUGUAUCUGCUCGCGAUUCUGAAAUCAAUUGGACAUCAAGUUAUAAUGCAAGUUGGUUAUUAAGAUUCAAAUUUCCCUUUGAGAAAUGCGGAUUUUUUGAUAUUGGAGGGCUUGGAAGAAGGCCGUGUUGGCUCAUUGAUUCUGAGCUUUCUUGUGCAAUAUGUGGUACAGUAGCUUAUGAUUCCGGCGGAUUAAACCCUAACAAAUAUUCUGAGCUUAUUAAGCAGACUGAUGAGAUAAUAAGUAGAGAACCAAAACUUGAUUUACCAGGAUACAAUAAUUUAAACUGCACAGAUGUUUGGGAGAAUGAUUUAUCUUUUGGCCUUUGCCAAAAUGUCUCAAAUAUCUUGGACUCAGCUUGGAGCUCAUACCGUAAUUCAUUAAACUCCCCCAGUAUCAAUUUUGAUUGGAAAGACGAACCGAAUUUCGAAGGGGACCUAGCUCGCCACAGUUCUUAUUUGGAUCUUCCAAAGUACAAACAGAAAAAAACAUUCUAUUGGGAUCAAGAUCCAGAUUUGGUUCCUGCUUUAUCUGAUGAAAUGAAGCUUAUUGGUUUAAGUGCACAACCAACAUAUCACCCUUUGGAUAGAAGUUCUUCUGUGGGGUUUGAGCCAGCUGAUUCUGAAUCUGAGGUUGGGAAUAAAGAGGGUGAUGAUUUCACAAAGGAAAUGAUCUACAAACAGAGUUCUGAUUCUAUUGAGGGUAUAUUGGUACCUGUCACGAAUUCCAUUUCGUCAGACUAUGCUUUAGUUGAAAGAAGUUCUGGGAGUGAGGAAGUUCACCCAAGUGGUGUUUCAGCCACUUUCCCUAUGGGGAUUAUCAUGCCAACCACCGCAACUUCCUACACUAAUACCUUCACCAAGAAUACCACUACCAACAUUCCUACUUCUACCGCUGCAACUACCAAUACCACCACCACUAAUACCUCUACCACUACUACUACUACUACUACCUCUACUACUACCACUACCACUACUACUACUACUACUACUACUACUACUACUACUACUACUAAUACUACUACUACUACUACUACCUCUACCACUACUACUACUACUACUACUAGUACUACUACUAGUACCGUUACUUCCACUAGUAGAGUUAUUACUACUACCCUUAAAUCCGGGUUCUACUCGACUAACAAGUUACUGUAUACCCCAAAGAUGGAGAAUGUAAGAACUAGUGCAUAUGUGAAGAGAAACUCAAAUGUAUCAACAAACAAUAGUACAGUUACGAAGGACUCCGGGAUGUUAUACAUGAAUUCUGACAAGGAGGGAGAAAAUUCAUUAUUGGGAUUUGGAGCAGGGGAGUAUGUAAGUUCUAAAAAGGAUGAAUUGGGAGAAGACCCAGACUUGAGUUAUUUGAGCGGAGCAGGUCGGGUAAAGUUAGAAAAGUCAGUAGAAAGUCGUGUUGAUGUGAUAGAACGAGCAGUAAAUAAAAAGUUAAUCGUUGGAGUAGUAAUUGGAAUUUUGUUGAUUUUGCUUUUAUUGGCGUUUUGUUGCGUCUUCUUUUUGAGAAGAAGGUCGGAUGAAUCCGAGUCUCCUCGACAUAUAGACAAUUCAAACAAAGAGUUAAAUGAAAACAAGACAAAAAGUUUACAACUUGCUUCAAUAAAGCCAAUUUUGGGGAGAAAAGGAUCUAAAAUUGUACAUAUGAACCAAAAAAGCAUCAGUUAUGACUCGAAUGUGGCUCCACCAGAGAAAAAAAGUAUAGUAUCUGUAGAGGAUACAGCAUUCUCUCCCGAGUACAUGAAUUCAGGAGAAUGCGUAGAUGGAGUUAAGACUGUACCAUAUUAUGUAGCUCAAUCACAAGCAAACACUCUUCAGCUACACUCUGGAAAAAAAAUCAAUUUUGGAUAUGAUACAAGAGCUCAGUCUCAAAAACAAGUUUCAAUAAAGAGCCCUAAAUACCAUGACUUUUUUUAUUCAGAACCAACUAGGUAG